AUGGGACUAACAGAUGGAAGAUAUGUCUUCAUUCCAUAUGACACUUUACUUUACAGCCUUCCUUACCCAAACAACUCAUUCUAUGUCCUCGACAAUGACACAAAGCUCCAGGAAGCUUAUGAUGCUGUGCUGACCAUCACACUGGAGUCUGGAAACUGGACAUUUUAUAAUGCAUUCAAGGAAGCUAAAGAAAAUGGCGAAAUAGCCAGUGAGCUAGAGGAUACACAGGUUUCUCCACUCUUUGGGACAAUCUAUGAUGCCAUUUACUUCAUGGCACUGGCAAUAAACAGUGCUCGGAGGAAUGGAGCCUCGGUCUCAGGAGCUAAUAUAACAGAGCACACAAGAAACGUCAGUUUCCAUGGAUUUAGCCACUUUGUAGAGACAGACAGCUGUGGGAAGUGGCUGUGCAACUAUGUGGUACUAGACACAGAUGGUCAUGGGAGCCAGCUCUCCCCAACCCAUUUGCUGGACAUGUCUUCAGAGUCUGUCAAAUCCCUAGGCAAGGACAUUCAUUUUCCAAGUGGAACCCCACCAAAGAAAGACUGCAGCUGUUGGUUUGAUCCAGAUGUUCUCUGCUCUGGAGGGAUUGAGCCUACAAUCAUGAUCUUGGGAGCAAUGCUGGUAUUUGCUCUAGUGCUGUGUGCUGUGGGCCUGGCUUAUCUCAUCAGAGAAACAUCUCUUCAGUUUAUUGAUUGUGGCUUGAACAGAAUGGGCAUUGGUUCUCCAGUCUCAGAACGAGCCAUUUCACACUUAAUCCAGCCAAGAUUGCUGUCAGCUGCUCGAAGGAUUAACUGGAUGAUAGCUUUGAUGCAUAUGGAAGAUUACAAACACUUUGGAAGUGCAAAGCAUAGUAUUCUGAACAGCCAGUUAUUCAGGGGUCCUAACAAGAUAAUAUUGACACUGGAGGACCUCAUCUUCAUUAACCCAGAGCUGCAUAAAAAGAGACUAACGCUGGACAGUCUGACUGAUGCAAACAGUGUAGCAACUGAAACCAGAAGCCAGAAAUCCACAAUCCGCUCUGGUUCCUUGAAAAGCACUGCUGCCACCCACGAAACCUCCAAUGUGGCUUUGUAUGAGGGAGACUGGGUAUGGCUGAAAAAAUUUGAGACGGGAGCAAUUCACCACCUGCGGCAAAGCUCUACCAGCAUCCUGAGGAAGAUGAAAGAUCUACGUCAUGAAAAUGUGAAUCUGUUCCUGGGAUUUUUCUCUGACUGUGGCAUCUUUGCCAUAGUGACAGAGUACUGUUCCCGAGGAAGCCUGGAAGACUUGCUGAGAAAUGAAGAUAUGAAACUGGAUUGGAUGUUCAAGUCCUCCCUCCUGAUGGAUCUAAUUAAGUAUCUGCAUCACCGAGAUUUUACCCACGGACGUCUGAAGUCUCGUAACUGUGUUGUGGAUGGACGGUUUGUGCUGAAGAUCACUGACUAUGGUUAUAAUGAGCUCUUAGAAGCCCAGAAAUGCCCUUACGUUCAGCCACCCCCAGAAGAAUUGCUCUGGACAGCCCCUGAAUUGCUGAGGGACCCAGACAUGCGCAGAAAAGGCACAUUCAAAGGAGACAUUUACAGCUUUGCAAUUAUCCUACAAGAAGUUGUUGUUCGGGGCCCACCAUACUGCACUUCAGACCUCUCAGCUGAAGAAAUUAUAAAGAAGGUGAAGAAACCACCUCCCCUGUGCCGCCCAAACAUAGCUCCUGAGAUGGCCCCCCUGGUGUGCAUCCAGGUAAUGAAGCAAUGCUGGGUUGAAGCUCCUGAACGACGUCCCACCUUUGAGGAGGUAUUUCAUAAGUUCAAAACCAUCAACAAAGGCAAAAAGACCAAUAUAAUUGACUCAAUGCUCAGAAUGCUUGAACAGUAUUCAAGCAACUUGGAAGAUUUAAUCAGAGAGCGGACAGAAGAGCUAGAGAUUGAAAAACAGAAGACAGAGAAACUCUUAUCACAAAUGCUUCCUCCAUCAGUAGCAGAAGCCCUCAAGACUGGUGGCACUGUGGAGCCUGAGUAUUUUGACCAAGUCACCAUCUACUUCAGUGACAUCGUGGGCUUCACAACCAUUUCAGCCCUCAGCGAACCCAUUGAAGUAGUUGACCUCCUGAAUGACCUUUACACUCUGUUUGAUGCUGUUAUUGGAAAUCAUGAUGUUUACAAGGUAGAGACCAUUGGAGAUGCCUAUAUGGUUGCCUCAGGGCUUCCGAAACGGAAUGGAAACAAGCAUGCAGCUGAGAUAGCCAACAUGUCCCUAGACAUCCUCAGCUCAGUGGGAACGUUCAAGAUGAGACACAUGCCAGACAUCCCCCUCAGGAUAAGAAUUGGCCUGCACACAGGGCCCUGCGUGGCAGGUGUGGUUGGCCUGACCAUGCCCCGUUACUGCCUCUUUGGAGACACAGUGAACACAGCAUCACGAAUGGAGUCCACGGGUCUGCCUUACAGAAUUCAUGUCAGCCAAAGUACCGUGGAUACACUUCGGUCUCUAAAUGAAGGCUACGAAAUCGUUCCUAGGGGAAAAACAGAACUGAAGGGUAAAGGAGUAGAAGACACAUAUUGGCUGGUUGGGAAAAGAGGAUUUCUGAAGCCCUUACCUAAACCUCCUGAAAUAAAGCCAGGGUGUAAAGCUCAUGGGUUACCCUCGGAAGAAAUUGCAGAGUUCAAAAGGAGGAAAGCUGCAAAACAACUUGGCAAAAAGGCCUAG